AUGUAUUUUCUGCUGAAAUUCUUCAUUCAAACUCUGUAUUUUUCGGAAGUCGCUUCUGUCAAAUGUUUUCUGAACAAUCUAUAUGGACAAAACUUAACUUGCGAAGGUGAUUUUUGUGUCAUAGUUCGACCUGGAAUGUUUGCAAUGGGCAUGAUCCAGACCUGCAUUUCGGGUGCACAGAAGCCAUCAUAUCCGUGUUCAUUGCAUUAUGAUGAUGAGUUGGAAUGCUAUUGCGACACGAAUUUCUGUAAUACACCCAAACUCUAUCGCUCGAACAUAACAGUUUUACCAAUUAUCGAAUGUAAAGAAGUCACUGGAAGAGAUUACACUGCGGCUGCAUGUAAUAAUUGUGUUCGAAUCAAGUCAUAUCAAAUAUUUGACGGUGAGCCCACUGAAAAUGAGUAUAUUCAAUGUGGGAGAAAUGGAGAAUCCAGUAUUUUUAUUUUUGAUCCAAUACUAUCUCCGAAGGAAAUGAUAGCCAAAAGUUUUUUCUCAGAUGCAUGUUAUAAUGUAUCAAUGCAUCCAGAUCAUUUUUAUCUUUAUUGUAGAUGUAAACAGGCAAACUGCAACUCUCCUGAAUCUGAUCUACCGUAUCCCAUCUCUCCACCUACAGUAACCUGCCAUGUUUCCGGGUUUGAUGAGGAUGUGAAUCGUAAAAAUUAUAAGAAUAGAACAUCCACUUAUUAUCAAGAAUUGACAACAAAUGAUAGCUAUUUUGAUAAAGGAAAGGAGUGUCGUGGUCACUAUUGUUUUAUUGGAAUUGAUCAGGCUUACAUAGGAGAAGCUCCUGAAACUUCUUCGGUUCAUUACAAAGGGUGUGUUUCAGCAAAUGAGCAAGGGGAUUAUAAGAUUAAGGUGAAAAACAGAAUUGGUCCAAGUAAUUCCGAUGAUGAGGAGUUGGUUCAAUGUAGUAUAAACGGGGAAUCGUCGGAGUUUGUCGGGGAUACAACAUCAUUGAGAGAGGAGAUGAUUGCAAGGAACUUUUUUGUUGAUGCAUGUUAUAAUAUCUCAAUGCACAAAGAGCACUUUUAUGUCUACUGUAGGUGUGCGAAGACUGAUUGCAACUCCCCUGAAGUCCCCAUACCGUAUCCCCUCUCUAAACCUACAGUAACCUGCUACACCAGUGGAUUCGACGCGUCUAUAUACCCAAAAAAAUACGAGAAACCUGACACUUAUUUUCAAGACAAUUACAUAAAGUUAAUGGCUAAUGAUAGCUAUGUUGAUGUUGAAAGUACUUGUAAAGGAGACUACUGUUUUAUUGCAACUGUCACAGCGGAUACCGAAGAGAAUGAGAUGGAUGUCUUUUACAAAGGAUGUAUUUCAGCGAAUGAGCACGGGAAUUAUAGUAUUCCGCUUGGUUACAUGUAUCUCAAUGAGAUUCCCUAUUACAUUUGCAAUACGGAUUACUGUAACUUGAACAGAGAUACUGCAUUGGCGAAGAAUGCAACAGUCAAAGUGGUUCGAUCUAUUCAAAAAGAGGAAGAGAAGUAUUCCGACAAGAGAUCUAUAAGGCUCUUACUAUGCAUCACGCUGUUCUUUUUCAUGUUCUAA